AUGCUUUUAAAAAGUGAAUUUACGAUGUUAAUGAAUCUACCCGUGCUUAUGUUAAAUUCGUGGUAUUUUUUCAUGAUCAUAUACUCGGUGUUUUAUAUGUACGUAUCUGUUUUAACAGGAAUAAAGCAAGGUAUCGGAAUAGAAGACAUUAGGGCCUAUACGAACCCGAUAAUAUUUUUACUGUACCAAUGUGCUCAGCUUUAUAGUAUGGUGUUAAUUCCUUCGAUAGUCACCGGUCGGGGUAAGAAAAUGCUUCGAAUAUUAAAUAGCAUCAAACGACAAAGGUUUCAGCGUCACGUGGACUGCUUGCUCGAAGUGUGCAUGAUCGAUUCUUUGGGACGAAAUUAUGACAUUACAAACUACGGAAUGUAUGCGAUCAAUCGCAGUCUGUUGUUUGGAAUGAUCGCAACUAUGACGAGUUAUGUCAUCAUUCUAGUGCAGUUUCAUAUGCAGGAUGUCGAUUAACAAUGAUAGUUAAGGAUGGUGUAUAUUCUCAUGUAAAACUUAUCGAAUGAAUCGACAUUGUAGGG